UCCGAAGUCAAAAUGUUUAAAUCGUUAGGCGAAUUUCACGAGUUAGAAAAUAAGAACCCUAAAAAGUCUUACUUUUGUGGGACAAGAAGAGAUUGUUAAAUUCUGCAAUCAAUUUCUUGAAGAUGACGAAAAGCGUUCACAUGUCUUCUUCUUCUUCUUCCCCAUUCCUCCCGCCGGCUUUCCGCUUCUUGAAGUUUUGGUAUUUCUCCAUUUUCUUCCUUUUUUCCGUUAAAGCUCCAUUUUUGUCUUUAUUAUCUGAAGUCUCUUUUUCCUCUUUCAACAAUUCUUCUUUCGAUUUCCCAUGAGGCUUAAGGGUCUUCGAGCUGGGCUGUUGUCUAUUUGGCUAUCUGGGUUUCUUCUAAUCGCUCUCUCUUUCUACGGCACUCAGCUUCUAUCUCCAACUUCACUCAAUGAUCCAUUCAGAUACUCUGGCGAUUCCAUUGCUGCUGCUGCUCCAAGAAUCACCAUUUUCACUUCUUUCAAUGGGGAAGGAAAUAGCCAAGCUUUACUUGCUCUUCGUUCAUGGCUCGCUUUGUCUUCCCAUAUCACAGUUGUUUUAUUUACUCAACACAAAAACAACCCUUCUUCUGAUUCUUCUUCAUUCACCGACAAAUUUGGUUCCCGUCUUCUUCUUGAUUCCACCGUUGAUUUCACGUUUCUUGGCACUCCAUUUUUACAUUCGAUGCUGGCGAGAAGUGAAGCUUAUCAAUCAGAUAUAGCUGUUCUGAUGGAUCCAGAGACUGUUUUACUGCCAAAUUUCAUAUCUGCUUUGAGUUAUGCUCACCAGCUUGAUCGUGAUUGGCUUCUUGUUUCUUCAUCAGUGGGAAUUCCCCGUUUCCCGUUCCAUUGGGACGAAACAAGGCAUUUUUGGCGUCAGGACAAUGGGAAAAGAGUGAGAUUUGGGGAGUUGCAAAAGAUGAUAAGCUUGCGGAGUUGGCAAUCAAAUUCUAGUGAAGGCAAAAUGAUUAUGGCAUGGAACAACAUUAAUAUGCCCUUGCACUGUGGAGUGCUUCCACCUUUUUUGUAUCAAAGAGGAACUCAUAAUCAAUGGAUCAUUAACGAGGCUAUGUCAUGUAAAAGAAGGUUUGUGUUUGAUGCCACUUCAACCAUAUCGAGCUUUUUCCUAGGCAAUGCAGAGAACAUAGAUAAUAGGAGUGAUAAUGUCUCAGAACCCAACACAAGAAACUGGGAAUAUAUUGGAAACUCCCGUCUCGGGCAGCUCUACGGGUCAUUGUUCUCUAGGUCUUAUACUUUACCUAAGCUUUUGAAGUGCAACAAGCGCUAUAUGUUUGUUAGCGCUUCAGAUCGUUCCACUGAUCUGUCUAUACCAAAAGGAAAGAGUUUAGGAUUUCGGACGCGAGAGAAGAUCUCAGCUUGUAUCAGUAGAACUAAAUUGCGGAGUUUGAAAUUAGAUUUUGUGCAGAAAGAUGAGGCAGUGCCACCAUUGAAGUUUCCUUUUGACCUGGAGUCUCUUCUCCCAUUAGUUGCAGACAAGAACAAAACUGUUGUUCUUUCAAUUGCUGGGUAUAGCUACAAGGACAUGCUGAUGAGUUGGGUCUGCAGAUUACGCCGCCUCAAAGUUCCAAAUUUCUUAGUUUGUGCCCUUGAUGAUGAAACUUAUCAGUUUUCUAUAUUGCAGGGUCUGCCAGUUUUCUUUGAUCCAUACGCUCCAAAGAAUAUAAGCUUCAAUGACUGCCACUUUGGAUCAAAGUGUUUCCAGAGAGUGACCAAAGUUAAGUCAAGAACAGUUUUGAAGAUUCUGAAGUUGGGCUAUAACGUUCUCUUGAGUGAUGUAGAUGUAUAUUGGUUCAGAAACCCGUUGCCUCUGCUUCAAUCUUUCGGUCCUUCUGUUCUUACCGCACAAUCCGAUGAAUACAACACAACAGUACCGAUAAACCGACCAAGGCGCUUGAACUCAGGAUUCUACUUUGCACAUUCAGAUGACCCGACUAUAGCAGCAAUGGAGAAAGUGGUAAAGCAUGCUGCAACCUCCGGUCUCUCGGAGCAGCCUAGCUUCUACGACACUUUAUGCGGAGAAGGUGGAAUUUAUCGAGUGGGAGACGAUAAAUGCCUUGAACCAGAGACAAACUUGACCGUUCAUUUCUUAGACAGAGAGCUGUUCCCGAACGGAGCUUACGGAGAUCUAUGGCUGAAGGAAGACGUAAGAGGAGAGUGCGAGAAGAAGCAUUGCUUCGUUCUACAUAACAACUGGAUCAGUGGGAGACUGAAGAAACUCGAACGCCAAAUGAUGGAAGGUCUAUGGGAAUAUGACGCAUCCAUAAGGAUGUGUGUGUAGAGAUGACAAGGCUAUACAAGUUAGAUACUUAGAUGCGACAUUCAAAGGCUCUUGGUAUUGGUUAUAGUUAUACAAAUUGUGUUUAUUUAUUGUAUUGUUUAAUGAAAAAUAGUUUUAGGAAUAUGAACUUGUAAACUACAAAUUAUUUUCUGGCAGCCAGAGAUGACACAAUAUAAAAUUAUAAAUUGAUUUUGAGGAUGAA